AUUUACGAAUUUUACGGCAGAGUGGAGCUUGCUACCUAUAAGAGAAAGUCCACAUUUCCUUUCUUACGUGUUCAGAGAAGUGUGUAGACUCUUCUACGAUCCAUGGAUCGCUUGUCUGACGAAAUUUUUUCCGGAAAGCGAACGAUUUUUGCCGGAAUUCUCUAUUCCUUCUUCUUCUGAUGAAUUUCUGUGCUUUCCUGCCGUCUUUUUGACGAUUUCUGGCUCUAAUACCAGUUAUUUUUGAAGUUGUUGAUCUGGAUAAAGGGCCGGAUGAAUAAGGAACGUUGUCCAGAACCCCUGGAUUUCUUUAUAUGGACUGCUGAGGACGUUGGGUUGUGGCUGGACGAGAUUAAUCUUGGUAGCUACCGGCAGAAUUUCAAGGAGAAUGGGAUCAAUGGGGAGUACCUUGACAGCCUUUCCACCUUCACCACUGAACAAAUUCUACGGUUUAUAAGGCGAUGUCACAUGAAAUGGGGAGACUUCAUAACGCUAUGCAAGGAGCUAAGGCGCAUAAAAGUGGCGUGCCUGAAAGGCGAGCAGGAAGUGCGUAGGCCAUGGUGGGCCCCCUCUUGCCUCUCUGUCGUCUUUGUGAGGGUUGCAAAGCAUAACCGCCAAUCUCGAGUUGUCUCUUUGAAAUUGGAGCCCUAGGAAGGUGGCUUACCAUUUGUAUGUACUUUUCCAAUCUUGUGGCAAUACAUCUUGUUUUUCUUUUCUUUUUUUGUUUUUCUUUAUACUUUCAAAAUGGUUUUUAGGGAGACAUUGAUUUUGUUGGGCUUUCAUAUGAUCCUCUCGAAUCUUUGUAAGUCAAGUGAAUAUGCGAAUGUGCCUUUCUCAGGGAAGCGGUUGGGUUAGUUAUAGCAGGUUUUGAUGCUUAUAUCUCCUUUUUCUUUGGGUAUACUGGUUCUUAGAGACUUCUACGUGAGUAUGGAGAAGAUUUGUAAGUGUCGUAUGUCAUAUAAUGUAAUUUGAGGCCUUUCAAUGGUUCGUUUACUGGGAUGGUUCUUAUUUUGUUGA